AAGGCAGACUAGCAGAGACUCUCCUGUCUUCGCCUUUCCCCAUCCCCAAAUCAAAUCCCUAGCAAUCGUCCUGGGGUUCCUCUCUCACAAGAGCGAGGAUGGACUGCAUCGACGAGAUGCCAGACCUCCGAUCUUGGAAUCCUGACGAUGAGGAGGAGGAGGAGGAGAAGGAGGAGAUGCCCGCCGUCGUCGAUUACUCCCCGCACCACCGCCGCCGGCCGUCCACCUUCACCCGCUGCGGCGUCAUAUUCGAUACGGACCUCAUCGUCCGCAAGCCCGUGGAAGGCGCCGCCACCGGUGGCCGGGCCAGCCACCGGACGAGCACGGGGUUCCCCUUCUCCGUGUCGCUGAACCUCGCCGUGCCGCCGGCGCUCUCCUCCAUCUACCUGCACUGCGCGGAGGCCGUGAUGCCCCCCACCCUCGAGCACGGGUAUUUCGGCCGGUCCUCGCUCGUCGCCGCGGACGCCACCCACCUCCUCCUUCUUGUCGUCGUCCCCGUCAAGAUUCAAGGCAUGUACGACCACGAGUACCCGGAGGAGUACUUCGUCUACACGGCCGACGCCCUCAGGCCUUCGCUGGCCGACGCCCUCUGUCCUACGCUGACGCGCCUCCCCAGAUUCCCCGACAACCGCCAGCGCUUGGCCGGCGACAUUGGCAUCUUGAACCACGCCGCCGCCGCGGGUGAUGGUUUCAGCUUCGCCGUUGCAUCUUUGCAGACGUUCAUGGAGUGGCAAUCUGGUGAAGGAUCCGCGGCCAUCCUGCACCUCCAGGAGAUGGCCAAGCUCUCCGUGCUCCAAUGUUCAGUUGGCAGUGAUCUAGAUGAGGACAACACCAAGAACAACGACAGCAGAUGGGUUGUCAAGAACCUGGCCAUGCCUUUUGACUCGCAAGGGGAUUUUGGGCCGCGCCAAUGGAAGAGCAACAUCGCCUUCGCCUAUGCCGGCAAAUUAUAUUGGGCUGACUACGACGUUGGCCUUAUCUACUGUGAUGUCCUGGAAUCUUCACCCAAGCUCCAGUUGAUCAAGUUCCCUGUUCCGGUGAGAAAAUUUGAGCUUGGUGUCAGUGGUCCAGAUGACAACUGCGGGAACUCUGAGUCCUUCAGGACAGCCGGUGUUUCUAAUGGGAAGAUCAAGUUCGUCGAUGUUGACAAUUGCCGCGCCCAAUCCUUCGCCGUCAUCAUCAGGACAUGGACACUGCAAAUGCCACAGAUGGUAUGGAAGUUGGAUGAUGUGCUCAAUGUCAAACAACUGUGGGGGUCAGCAUCCUUCAAGAAAUACGGUUUGCAUCAGUGGGUGCCAGAGUAUCCUGUGGUGAGCUUGCUAGACCCACACAUUGUGCACUUUGUGCUGCACAAACAUAUGUACCAUGAUCAGGUCUGGAUGAUCGCAGUUGACAUGAGGGCCAAGUCAGUUAAAUCAUGCAAGAACUAUCCAAAGGGUGAGAAGGAGGAUGGAUACAAGGGGCUGUCGUUCAACAUUGAUUUCAUAUGCAGCAUGCUCUCGAAGUAAUUACAAUCAGGUCGUGAUGGUAGGAAAUAUGUUGAAUGAAGCAGGAGCAUCCACCGAUGUUACGCCUGACCGAUCGUCCGUCCAUUAUCAACACAAGAUUGGCCUCGGUUUAUGAUGUUGUGGACUUUGGCGGGGUGUUUUUGGUAUAGACAUAAGGUUUUGCAUAUCUUUGUGUUAAAAUGGAGGGUCGUUAGUUUCUUGUUUGUUUGGAGAUGUCUUAGGUUUACUGCUGAUUGUGCCUUCUGCUUCGAUAAUCAUCACAAAGCUAAACAUGUUCCUAGUUGCUUCGUUCUCCAGACAACGUUUUAGAAGAAAAAUUGGGAUGUUGUGGCCGCCGAUAUUGGAACUAGCAUUGCCUGUGUUUUGAGCCCUGUUUGUUUCUUUUUCUCUUCUGAACAUCUGACAUUGCUUUGACAAGAUUCAAUAGCUAAAGAAGGGCGAGUGGGCGACCAUCAACAUUCAGAACGAUUUAUUGAACAAAUUCAGAUACUUUGUCUUCUGGCCUUGUAAUACUUGCAUUGGUUAUCUUCCCUGUUGUCCUGAUACUUCAUUUAUCAUAGCUGCACAUCGAGAUUGACUGGUCCGAAUUCUCUGAUCUAGGAACUCUGGAUGAUACUGGCAGGAUAUCUCCCGGUGACUUGGAUGAGGUGCAAGUACCAUCUACAUCAUCAGUUAAGUUGUCAAGAGUCUUCUUUCUGACUGAAACCACACAGAUCUGAGCAGCUUAAUGGCACAAAUUAAUGGCCAGUUUCUAAGUAUUUCGAGUGCUUACUUCGAGUGCUACAGGAUCAGUGCUUAUUUCGAGUGUGUGGAGACUGAUGCGGCAAUGGAUCAGUGCUUACUUCCCCAUCCCUGGGAGCGAAAACACAUGCCUGACAGAGUGGUGGUUGCAGGCCAGAACAUGUUUUCGGAAGUGCUACAGGACAAACUUCGACAGCGCUUGUAUGCUGAUUUGCUGGCAGAUUUGGAAGGAAAGAAAUGCGCGUGUUUUCGACCAAAGAUCGAGAAGCCCUAACCAGUUAGCAGAGGCUAUCAAAGAAGAGAUCUUAGUGUGGAAAGAAGCAGGCUAUUUCGAGAAUUGCAGUUCUUAGUUUUCUUUCUGUUGUGUUGACGUUUCCAGUUCUUUAGUUUGCCGGGCUGUGGUUCCUGCCACAGUCUAAUUCGACAGCCUCCUGUCGUUGCAAGCGAGAACUACUUGUACUUUGAUUUUUUUUCCUCCCAAUCUUAAUGAAAUUUGGUCGCCGGUUCCUUCGGCCGACCCGGCAAAAAAAAAAAAAAAGUAUUUCGAGUGGAUCUUCAUUGUAAAUUCUUUGGGGGUAAUAAGUGGUGGAUUCGUAUAUGUUUUCCAAA